UCGCCUCCUUUUCCCGUUCCAAUUCCAAUGCAACAGAAAUCCAUUUAGAGCUUCGCUUUCGUCUCCUGUCGACAAUUCCACUGUGUACAACAGCGUUUUAUUUCGAAUUAAGGUCGAUGUAGUCUGUUUUGGGUUCAGAUCUCUCCGAUUUGAAGGUAUCAAAUGUUGUAGGUCAGGAAUUUUGGCAUUUCCGCGAAGAUUGAGAAGGUUAACGGCCAAAUGCCUGUAAAAGCUGUACAAUCCUCAUUUAGGGAUCGGACGCACGAAUUUCAGAGCGUCGCGGAGAGGUUGAGGAAGUCGUUGUCGUCUGGAGCGGGCCAGGAUGGACCAAGUAGCAGUACGUCAAGAGCGGACGAACAUGGAUCUAUGGUAGCGCAUCAAUCGGAGUUUAAUAGGAGGGCUUCCAAGAUUGGACUUGGGAUUCAUCAAACUUCGCAGAAGCUUUCCAAGUUAGCAAAAUUGGCCAAGAGGACCUCAGUAUUUGAUGACCCUACAAUGGAAAUCCAAGAGCUCACUGCUUUUAUAAAGCAGGAUAUCACUGCACUUAAUUCUGCAGUGGUAGAUCUUCAGCUUUUUUGCAAUUCUAGAAAUGAAGGUGGUGUCUCUAGAGAUACAUCUAGUCAUUCAAUCACGGUCGUAGAUGACUUGAAGAAUCGCUUGAUGAGUGCUACAAAAGAGUUCAAAGAAGUACUCACCAUGCGAACAGAGAAUUUAAAAGUACAUGAGAACAGAAGACAACUAUUUUCUUCUAUUGCUUCGAAGGAUUCUCCAAAUCCUUUUAUACGUCAGCGCCCCUUGGCUGCCAAAUCAGCAGCUGGAGCUUCAAAGAGCCUUCCUCAGUGGGCUAAUGGUUCUGCAUCUUCAUCUCAAUUGUUUCCCAGAAAGCAGAUGGAUGGAGAGAGUCAACCAUUGCUCCAGCAGCAGGAGCAACAACAGCAACAAAUGGUUCCCUUGCAAGACAGUUACAUGCAGAACAGGGCUGAAGCUCUUCAAAAUGUAGAAUCCACUAUUCAUGAGCUAGGUACCAUCUUCAGCCAGCUAUCUACUCUGGUUUCUCAGCAAGGAGAGAUAGCAAUCAGGAUCGAUGAGAACAUGGAUGACACGUUAGCGAAUGUGGAGGGGGCGCAGGGAGCCCUGCUGAAGUACCUAAACAGCAUAUCAUCUAAUAGGUGGUUGAUGAUCAAGAUAUUUAUGGUAUUGAUGUUUUUCCUCGUGGUUUUCCUAUUCUUUGUGGCAUAGUGAAGAAAGGGGGAUGUUAUAUUCACUUGGUAUAUAAUUAUAUAU